CAAAGGCCUACGCGUAGACGGCGGGGAUGACGGUUUGCGCUGUACGUCGGGAAAUAGUCCUAGGUCCACUCUGGGAAAUCGAGUUGGUGUCCUUAAACUCUCAGAUCUCGGGCCGUGGGGCAAGUUGGGAAAUGCAGUCGUGGCUACACCCUCACCGCAUUGCAGGUGUAAAGAGACUUCGAAAGCACGCCGGGAAAUGGAGUCCCAAGUGGUCUUCUACACCUCAACUUUUUGCAUUCCUGAGCUUCCUAAAUUGCAGGAUCCUGGCGGGCCCUAAACAAACCCGGACACAAGAAGUAGCCUCAGUGAGGAUAAUCGCCUUUCACCAUCACCCACUAUCAACUCAGCUGCAUGUAUGUUGCCAGGAGCUACGCUUCAUCCCAACUUCCAGAAAUAGCCAAGUGGCCCCCACCCCAGGGAAUGACUUACAUCACCCAGGAGAGGGAGCAGUUGCCCGAAGGCUGCCGUGGGAGCCUCUGUUUCCUGCCAGUACUCCAGCCCUAAAUCCUUUCUUCACUACCAAUUGACAGCAUCAUCUGGGACCACCCACCCAGGGCUGGCACAAGCUGAGAUUUAAGCGUGAGUGGGUAGCAGUUGCCAAUCAGCGUUCCUUACCCUCAGGGCUGCACAGGGUGGAGUUUCAUGAUGAAGGGAAUCCAACAGGCCCUAAACCCUCAAUUACCAUUCAGUCUUUUAGCAAGCAGCUGAAUGGCCUUGGGGAAACCCCUUCCCCUUUCUGGGCCUCAGGCUCCUCACCUGCACAGCCUGGGUUGGGCUAGUAGUUUCUAAGGGCAAUUCCAGCCUGCAUUCUUCUUGAUUCUUUCAUCCCUAACCCCACUCUGCAUCUGGGCUUCUAGUUUAUGAGUUCAUUUCUCAGAUCAUAUGAUCCUUUGAGACCCUGAUCUGGAUCUAGCCAGCUUGGCUCUAGGAAGGAAAUAUCAGGAGUCAAUGAAAGAAGAUGGAAUUCAGAGAGAAACCUCCUUUAGUCCUGGCUCAGGCAUUUAACCGAGUCCACUGCCCUUCCUUCUUGGAUGUUGAAAGAGAGAAAGCAUCACAGCUCCUAACAUGGCACACAGUAGGUCAAUCAGUACCAACUAUGAUACUUCUCAAUUUGCUGGCUGGACUGAAAGAUCACUUGAGUUAUCUUACAAGGUCUACAUUUCAAGAGACACUGCAAACCUUGUUUCCAAAGGAUUCCCAGCUUAACUAAGCAUCCUAAAUUGAACGCUGUGGGUAGGAUGCUAUAGGUAACGCAAAGAGUUCCUGUUCUUCACCAGAGACCUGGUAUGUGUAGGAAAUCAAAGCUAGAAAAGGUAAGCAUUUCAGGUAGUCACAGCACCAGCAGCAACAGGAUGAUUGGUGAAGGGCCUACGGGGAUUCCAAGGACAAGUAGAUCCCUUUAGAAUAAAGGACUGGGCUAGGGAUUUAGCUCAGUAGCACUGCACCUGCCUCUGCAAGCACAAGGUCCUUAGUUCGAUAUCUGGUAACCACCCCCCAAAAAAAUACAGGAGCAGUCAAGUACAAGAGCAGAGAGGACUGAGACCUUACCUUCAAGCUUUGGGAUUUAUGUGACACCCAAGGUUAGGGAAUCAUUUUUCUGGCCUUUUUCCCCCUAAGGUACUAGGGAUCAAACCCAGGGCACUAACACACCCAGCCCUUUUUGAG